AUGCAAGAAAAAAUUGACAAGAUCGAGGAGAAGAUUGAUGCGCUGCUCGGGAGUCUUAGAACCGAGCACCUUUCACAAGUACAAGAACUGAUGGAGGAAGUCGCAGCACUGUCUCAGAAGAUUGCGGAACUGACGCAGCCGGUGGUGCAACUCCAAUCGACGAUGGUUCAGAUAGAAUCAUGGCGUCCAGGCCAUAAAUAUGCUCAUAUUCCCUAUGAGAACCACGUCCGAAGGGAAUAA